GAUAUAGACGUACUAUGUAUGUACAAAGCUAGCUAGCUAGCUAAUACAAGCAGCUUAAUUGAUUGUUGUAUGAGCAGCUUUGCCGCUGCAUAUCCAGGUUUAGUCAUCCUCUGCAUUGCAUUUGAUUCAGAUUACCAUAAGAUGAUUUUUAAUAGAUAUUUGGUCUUACACGAGUCACAUUGGAUUUUUUCCCUAUAGAUUCAGAGUAGUAUUUUCAUGAACCUAUCACUGAUACUUUGCCUUUCAUGUCCAUUCACAUAUGUCUGGUUUACCUACACAAAGGCACAAUGAUGAAUUUUACGGAGGAUGCUCCGGUAAAGAAAGGCUCUGUUCUCUUAACAAGGAUGGAAAGUAUAACGGCAUACAAAAACCAACGUGGACAACCCAAAUCUGGAACUCCAGAACAAUCUGACAUUCCAGUAUCUGCUAAUGACAUGUGUUCCCUUGCUGAAUGGCCAUCCCAUGCUCGCCACAACCGUGCGCUACUACAGGAUGAAGCUGGUGGACAGAAGAAGAAAGGGCGAGGUGUUCUAAAAGGUUUUAAAGCAUCUAAGAAGCGUUUUGCCAAUGGAUCUGCAAAGCUAAAUAUUACAUUCUCUGAAAAAUUGGGUGGUACAGUAGGAAUGAACUAUCGUUCAUUCAAGGAUGACGUGGUAGUCAUAAUGAAAAGAAAGUUACCACUCAUUGGAGCGAGGACGUGGUCGGACAUUCACCCUACCAUUCAUCGACUCAUUAUUGUAGAUAUGAUAGACAGAUGGGACCUAGAAGAUACACCAGAAACAGAAGAAAAAGUUCUCAAAAUUGCGAAAGAGAGAUAUAGAGGCUGGCGAUCAACUCUAAGCUCCACUUACAAGGCAUACAAAACAGAUGCAGCUAGAUUGGCUAAUCUGCCAGAAGAUUUACAACCAGAAGAGUGGGAAUGGAUGAUUGAGUACUUUGGCACUGAUUCAAAAUUUCAGGAACGCAGCCAAAUGAACGCCGAUAACCGUAAGAAACAGAAGACAAAACACAUAAUGGAAUCAAAAUCUUACUCGCAAGUUAGUUUUGAGAAGAGAAACUUGGAAACUGGAGAAGAGCCAGAUUGUAUUGCUCUAUGGGAACUCACCCACACAAACGUUGGAACAUGGUCUAACACAAAUUCCCAGAAAAGUUUACGUGAGUACACUGACUUUUGUGUCAAUAUUGAUGCUGCACCUAUAAUUGUUCCUUUCAUUUUAGGACAAAGCACUUGA